GCCAGCGCGGGAUGACCGGCAUCAAGGUGGCAAUCAUCUAUAAAGGUCUUCCUGCCGCUUGAUGCCUUUUUGAGUUUUUGUUUUCGUUACUCUUCUCACCCAUCCUCAUCUCAUUCGUUCUUUCGCUGUCCUCUCGGAUCAGUCUUUAAAACGUCCUUGCCAAACAUCACCUGAGUUCUCUUAACUGAGAAACUUCCAGCCCAAUACGUGAGAGAGAUUACAACCAAAACCUCGACAACCUUCAAGAUGAGACAAUUCAUUGCAGGACUGGCCAUGCUGGCCCCGGCUUUGGCCGCUCCCGCGCCGCAGAUGCCCGCCAGCUACGGCCAGAACCCCGCUCCUCAGGGCGGCGUCACUCCUCUGCCUCCCGUCCAGGGCCCUACCGGCCAGCUUCGAGGCUCCAUCAACCUUCAGGGUGGCAUUGCUCCCCGCCCGCCCGUCAAGGGAGGUGACUCGGCCAAGGUUCCCAACCCCCAGUUGGUCACCGGCCAGGAGGCGGACUCCAAGCUUGGCCUCUUCCUCGACUUCAACAGCGUCGAGGUCCCGCAGCCCAUCAGGGGUAGCAGGGGCUCUACCGACCCGGGUCCUCGCACCUACGAGUACGAGAGGCUCAACCCCGACCUCUUUGCUCCUCCCACCUCGGACAAGGGCGAUGUUCCCAACUCGCAGUGGCCCAUGUCCCUGAGCCACAACAAGCUCGGCAACGGCAAGAACUCGGGCUGGGCUCGCCAGCAAAACACCGCCGUCCUGCCCGUCGCCACGGCCAUGGCCGGUGUCGACAUGCGCCUCGAGCCCGGCGCGUACCGUGAGCUCCACUGGCACACCUCGGGAGAGUGGGCCCUCGUGCUCAAGGGCGGUGUCCGCGUCGCCGCCAUGAACGAGGACGGCCAGAGCUUCGUCGACGACGUCACCGCCGGAGACGUGUGGUUCUUCCCGCCCGGAAUCCCCCACUCGCUCCAGGCCCUCGACGAGGGCUGCGAGUUCCUCCUGGUCUUCGACGAGGGUGACUUCUCCGAGGACGCCACCUUCCUCGCCACCGAGACCAUGAUGCGCAACCCCGAGUCGGUCAUCGCCAAGAACUUCGAGGUCGACAUCUCGGCCCUCAAGGACCUGCCCACGGAAGAGCUCUUCAUCUUCAACGGCACCCCCGCCCCCGAGGACAUCCAGCAGCAAAACAUCACCGGGUCGGCCGGCUCCAUCACCGCCCCCAACUCGUACACCUACCACUGGUCUCAGCAGAAGCCCUUCCAGACCCCCGGCGGCUCCGUCAAGAUCCUGGAUCCGGCCACCUUCCCCAUCGCCGAGAUGUUCUCCGCCGCCCUCGUGACCGUCGAGCCCGGCGCCAUGCGCGAGCUGCACUGGCACACCACCUCGGACGAGUGGAACUUUUUCCUGCAGGGAUCGGCCCGCAUGACCGUCUUCUCUGCCCCUUCGUCGUCGCGCACCUUUGACUACACCGCCGGAGACGUCGGCUACAUCCGCACCGCCGAGUCGCACUACAUCGAGAACACUGGCACCGAGGACGUCGUCUUCCUCGAGGUCCUGCAGGCCAAGAAGUUCAGCGACAUUAGCGUGUCGCAGUGGUUGGCCCUCACCCCUCGCCAGGUCGUCAAGGACACUCUGCACCUGUCCGACGCUGUCCUCGACCGCCUGCCCAAGGAAAAGACCCUGAUCAAGGUCGGCAACAAGAACAUGACCGCCAUUGCCAACCAGGCCAGCGGCAACACGACCGCCACCAAGCGCCGAUGAAUGCUGUCUCUGAUCGGGCGGCCUCAGUUUUACUCGGGUUGGUGGGAAGCGAUGUAUUUAUGAGGAUAUGCAUAUAUGUAGAAGGAUUUGAUGGGAUACCAUACCUCGAACUAGAUUUAUGAUAAAGCGAUUCAUUCGUCUAGACUUUGGAGUGCAUCAAUCUUUUUUGCAAAGUUCAGAUGGGAUGCGAAGUGCCCGUUAGCG